AGGAGUUGCAAGAGAUUUAGAAAUUAAAGAAGUAGAUGAUACAAUUUUAGAACAGAUAAACUAUAGAUGGCAUGACCCUAUAAUGACUGCUUUGGCUGCAACUUUUAGACCCAUGAUUUAA